UUUGCUGGAACUAAGUGGACAGUAACACUUGCUCACCUUUUUCCAGUCGCUCCCCCCUUUUUUUUUUAACCCUACACCUUCUUGCCUUUCAAGACAUUAUGGAGAAGUGCUAACCAUACAUAUUAAACAUACCGGUUAGAUCCUUCUCCUUAAUUGAGGACUUGCCCGUUAUGAUGUCUGAUAGCCAACAGUUUGAUAUUGGACAAGAGAGCUCUCAGGACGAUUCCGUUAAAGGUGGCCCGUCAGACGGAGCCCAGUCUUCACCCCAGCGGAGCCGAGCUGUCAUGCUACCCAAAGUGGAGACAGAAGCUCUGGGACUCGCUCGGUCGCAUGGGGAACGGGGGCACAUGCCUGGAAAUAUGCAAGCACCCCACUUUAAAAUGAUGGACUAUUCCUACGACGAAGACUUAGACGAGAUGUGUCCUGUUUGCGGAGACAAGGUGUCCGGCUACCAUUAUGGGCUCCUCACAUGCGAGAGCUGCAAGGGCUUCUUCAAGCGCACCGUCCAGAACAACAAACGCUACACGUGCAUCGAGAACCAGAGCUGUCAGAUCGACAAGACCCAGCGCAAACGCUGCCCCUACUGCCGCUUCCAGAAGUGCCUCACGGUCGGAAUGAAGCUGGAGGCUGUGCGUGCGGACCGCAUGCGCGGCGGCCGUAACAAGUUCGGCCCCAUGUACAAACGGGACCGGGCGCUGAAGCAGCAGAAGAAGGCGCUGAUCCGCGCCAACGGCCUGAAGAUCGAGGCCAUGACGCAGGUGAUGCAGAGCGUGCCCACCGACCUCACCAUCACCUCGGCCAUCCAGAACAUCCACUCCGUGUCCAAGGGCCUGCCGCUGAGCCACAGCCACGCCGCGCUCCCGCCCGUCGACUACGACCGCAGCCCCUUCGUCACGUCGCCGGUGAGCAUGGCCAUGCCUCCGCACGCCGGCAGCCUCCAGGGCCACUACCAGGCGGCCUACGGCCACUUCCAGAGCCGCACCAUCAAGUCCGAGUACCCCGACCCGUACACCAGCUCGCCCGAGUCCAUCAUGGGCUACCCGUACAUGGACACGUACCCGACCGGCUCGCCGCCCAGCUUCCCGCACCUCAUCGUGGAGCUGCUCAAGUGCGAGCCGGACGAGCUGCAGGUGCAGGCCAAGAUCCUGGCCUACCUGCAGCAGGAGCAGGCCAGCCGGGGCAAGCACGAGAAGCUCAACACCUUCGGCCUCAUGUGCAAGAUGGCCGACCAGACGCUCUUCUCCAUCGUGGAGUGGGCCCGCAGCAGCAUAUUCUUCAGAGAGCUAAAGGUUGACGACCAGAUGAAGCUGUUGCAGAACUGCUGGAGCGAGCUGCUGAUCCUGGACCACAUCUUCAGGCAGGUGCUCCAUGCCAAGGACAGCUCCAUACUCCUGGUGACCGGCCAGCAGGUGGACUAUGCUAUAAUUGCCUCCCAAGCCGGAGCCACCCUGAACAACCUGAUGAGCCAUGCACAGGAGCUGGUGAGCAAGCUGCGCGCCCUGCAGUUCGACCAGAGGGAGUUCGUCUGCCUCAAGUUCCUGGUGCUCUUCAGCCUGGACGUGAAGAACCUGGAGAACUUCCACCUGGUGGAGAGUGUCCAGGAGCAGGUGAACGCGGCGCUGCUCGACUACGUCAUGUGCAACUACCCGCAGCAGACGGACAAGUUCGGCCAGCUGCUGCUGCGGCUGCCGGAGAUCCGGGCCAUCAGCAUGCAGGCCGAGGAGUACCUCUACUACAAGCACCUGAACGGCGACGUGCCCUGCAACAACCUGCUCAUCGAGAUGCUCCACGCCAAGCGCGCCUGAGACCGGGGACAGAGGAGAGGCAGACAGACUCUUAAGAGAGACAGACAGACAGACAGACAGACAGGUAGACAGGUGGACGUUGGUUUGGAGAGAGAGAGAGAGAGAGAGAGAGAGCGACAAAAAGAGAGUGACCACAGAAGCCGAGGCCACUCAGAACAAUGACUUCACUUGACCUGGCCGCCACCCUCACCGCUUCCAUCACGCACCACAGAAGGUCAAGCGCCUGAGCUGAUGUGAGCGAGAGCUGUGUGGGGAGAGCUGUAAAAAAGGGCCGACCGGGCGACUGUGGGCACGUCCCUUUCUCCGGCCAGGGGGGUCACAGACGAUAGCGUUCACUAAAAGCCGACACAUUAGACACACAUGUACAGAUGCUCGCGCCGAUUCUCAUGGCCUCUCCAUUCCUCGCUCCUCACAGGUGGUGUGUCGUCACUUAGAGUUGUGUUGGGUCACAUUAAAACAUUUGCUGUGUCUUCAGAAACACUGACGAACAAGCACACAAACAAAACACAAAGUUGGUCAGAAAUGAAAAAAAAAAAAAAUUGGUGGUAAGGUGAAUGUCCAGGCAUUUGCAAAAAGUGGUGGAAAAGUGUUCAUCAUGUGCACAGACGAUUGGGGUGACUGGAAGAAAAGAAAGACAUUUGUGUGAAGGAAAAACUGAUCAAAACACCCAUGAACAAAAAACUUUGAUGCGGACAGAACAACUGAGAUCAGUGCACUUCAACCAAGUAGCCCAGUCUGGGGCUGUUUGCAAACAAAUACAACAAUACAGAGAGAGACAUUGAGAGACAGAUCGACAUAUCUCUUCAUCUCGGAAAGGCUAUGUGUUCGAGCCAACCACAGAGGACUCUCACCCAAGACUCUUUCGUUCAGGAGAUUGGUACUUUGGCUGGUUGAUGUUGAUUUGAAAAAAAAAGCCUCUUCCACGCUGUCUUGUCUGUUUUAAGGCACCCGGGGCAUUUGGACUUGUGACCACAGACUCUGAGAGAUGAACUCUAAGCUGCUGGUGUUUGUACACACCACCUCACCUGCAACACUUGUAUUGCCUCCCCUCAGCAGCUUAAAAAGGACAACAUGGAUCACAGCAACAAAGAGCGAGACAUACAUAUGUACAUAUUGACACAAAUUUUAAAAAAGAACACUACAGAUAAAAAAAAAACUGCAUCUUUUAAACCAACAGUAAAUUUCUUCUCCAUGGUAAUUGUGAGGAGCCUCUUUAACCCCUCUGUCAAGUGUCACAAUUUUUGUUUUUAAGUGCUUACCUCAUACAGUAUAAUGUUGAUGGGAGAAACUGAAUUCUGUCAUUUUGACAGUUGGUUCAUGCAGAUCUGUCGGCCUGCACAUUUCCAGUUACUUUCUCAGCGAAGAGUCCCAAGUAUUGGAAACAACUGUGGCUUUUUUUCUGUUCCCAUAAUGCAACUGAUUUGAAUAAGGGAGAGAAUGAGGCCUGACAGAGAUGAAGAACUACUGUCUCUGCCAACACAAGACCAAAGCCUAAAGAGCCACCACCACAGACAGACAACUCAUCCUUAACUAUCAGUAUUAUACGUUUUUGUGAUGUCACAGUUAUGUGAGUCUUGCCUUACUUCAUUAUCAUGCUAGCUAACCGUGCAGAUGUGAACUGAAAUGUGUACAAAUAUAUAAAUAUAUAUAUAUAAAGUAUUAAUGUUGUAAAAUUAAAAAAAGAAACAUGGAAAAAUGACAAACAUGGAUACACAAUGUGUUUACAUUUAUGUGGUCACGUGAGAAAGAACUGUGAUAAAGACUAAAUUGCAAAGCAAUGAUUUCCUGAAAGAAUAGAAAAGAAACAAGAAAAAAACAGUUCCUCUGGAUUGCUUUUGUUGGUGUGUACAGUUAUUUCAUUCUAUUUGUUCUUUCUUUUUUUGGUGCAGUACUUAAUGAUGUCGUGAGACACUAAAAUCAGAAAGAAAUCUCACUUAAAUCCAAGUUUCUUAGGUUCUGUUUCAUUGCUCAUUUGAUCAUUUGCCUUGUGCGAGGGUUUCCAUUUUUUUUCUCCGUAUAUGACAUGUCAUUUUUGUAGAGCUGUCUUCUUUAUGUUCUACGUUUUAAUAUAUGUCCCUGGUUGAGCUUUAAAAUUUGGAGAUAAUUUAUUGUGUCUUGGUUUUCAUUCUUGUGUUGGGUUGGAGCACAGGAUAUGGUAGCCAAAUAUACUGUUUACUGUGGCAUGUUUUAACAAAAAAAGAUAAAGAAGAGAAAAAGGUAAAAAAAAAAAAUGUCUUUCAGAGAUGUCGUUCAGAAACACAUAAAAUCAUUGACACUACCACAAUCCACUCUGUUAAAUACUGUAUCUUAUUUGACUUCACGUGAAAACCUGUAUGAAAAAAACAAAACAUCAGAAUAAUUGUAUUUAAGUUAAUAUGUGCAACUUGUUGCAUUGCUUUUUUGCUACCACUGAAUUUGAAACAGCUUGACUUUGAAACAUGUUUGUUCUAUACCAAAGACAACAUCUGUCCCCUGAGUCAUGGUUUUGAGUCCUGCAUUAUAAACAAUGAGCUACAGUGUCAAGCACUGAUCUCUUUUCAAGGUUG